AUGAAAGCAGCAGCAGAAGAGCCUGUGUAUGAGAACAUGGUCAUGUCCAACGCUCCUCGCCAGUCUGGCGACAACGGCCAGCAGCUGGUGGGUGAAAUUCAGCCAUUACGGGGCCUGUGGGAGGAGAUCGUCUCGCCCUGCGCUGUGCUCCAGGAGCAAUACCGCUACCUCCUGACCAGGGUUUCCCAAGGCUGGAGACAUCAUGGAGGGAACCUCUACUACUUCUCAAAGGAGAAAAGGUCCUGGGAGGAGGCUGAGCGCUUUUGUGUGUCCCAGGACUCGCACCUGAGCUCCGUCCUCUCCUGGGAAGAGCAGGAGUAUCUUGCCACGCAAGUCAAAGGUGCAGAUCAAAGGUGGAUCGGGCUGAGUGACCGUGAGGCAGAGGGCUCCUGGCGCUGGGCGGACGGCUCCAAGUACACGGCGGGGUUUUGGACAGAAAGCCAGCCGGACAACUGGGAUCAGGGAGUUGGAGGGACAGAAGACUGCGUUCACCUGGACCAACCACGUUAUGAAACAUGGAACGAUGCCAACUGCACCGAGCAGCACCGGUGGAUCUGUAAGACGGCCCUGGGGUAGGCCACUGUUCUCCCAGGGAAGCCACACGCAGUAGCCUGGGACCGUAGAAUAAGCAUCUGUAAAGCAAGCUCGCUCAGAAUAGGUUAAGACAAGUUCAAAUAAGUGCUUUUGGGCAUCACUAGUAGCAGUUAAGAGUAACAGCCGGUGUUCUGCUUUGCGGUAAGAACUGAAUUGCACGUAGUCAGCUAGCAGC